CCACAGUAUCUUAUCAGUUAAUUGCAUUCUUGGAUCUGCUGGGAGUCAGCUUGCACAAGUUAAGUCCUUGAGGAAGGGGCUGCCAAUGAAAGAGCCAAGAUGGAGUUUGUCUGGUUCUCUCAGCUAAGGGAGAGACAAGGCUAGGUGAAUAAAGGAAAAACAAGGUUGGGCAUUACAGGGAGGUGGAGUGAUUGUGUAAAGCAGAGUGAGGUGGUGCUGCUGGAAGACAUGGAUGGAGGCAUGACACAGACUGUCCACUGCAAAAACCAUGGACGGAGUCGUCAUGGAGGCGUCACACAGACUGUCCACUGCAAAGACCACAGAUGGAGGCGUGACACAGACUGUCUGCUGCAGGGGCCAUGGACGGAGGCAGCCUCCGAGCCAGCCCAGCAGCCAUGGACGGAGGAGCCUCGGAGCCAGCCCAGCAGCUCUCCUCACCGGAGGGGUGGACGGGACAGGACCGGCUGCUCAUUCCACGCUGGAGGGAGGCCAGGAGUCUCAGCUGGAGGCAGUCACCUGACCUGGAGAGUGCAAAGUGCCUAACACAGGGACGCUGGUACCCACAAGCCUGGAUCCUGGUGUGCUCUGCUGCUUUCCUUCCAGCCCUGGCCUCAUCAGACCUCCAAGGCUCCCUAGACAGGGUUAAUUAUUCACGUGGCCCAGGACCCAGGGUUCGUUUGUUUGUUUUUCCCGACACAGUAGGGUCCACGAGGAAGUCAGGAUCCACCGGCAAUAUUUGCAGUGUUAUGUUGAAUGUGGCAACUGGCUGCGUGACGAUAGAGAAGUAAACAGCAUGUCCGGUGGCAGUCGGUUACCACACAGAAUUUAGGAGGCCCAGUGAAAUGCGAAUGCUAGGUCACCUGGCCCACACUCUCCUCCCCUGAUCUCCUGAGUGCUCCCCUCCACCUGCAGGUCCCCCUCCCCUCUGGGUGAGCCUGGGUGCCAGCACCCUGUUCCGCCUGCCCAGGAUGCAGAACAAAAGCACAAUGCACAGAAACACAGCAGGUGCGCGCAGGGUGGCAGGCUGGCUUCUCCCUCCCUCCUGCCGAGGUCUCCGCCCCCUUCCCCCUUCCCUCCUUCCCUCCCCUCUCCUCUUCUAUUAGAAAAUGGGAGUGUUAGGGUUGAAUUGUGUCCCCCCAAAACAGGUAUGUUGGGGUCCUGAUUCCCAGUCCCCUAGAAUGUGACCGUGCUUGGAGAUAAGACGGUUACAGAGUAACUGAUUAAAAUGAGGUCAUUAGCAGGGACCCUAGUGCAGUAUGACCGGUGUCCUUUCAAAAAGGAGAAAUUUGGAUACAGACAUAGACACAUACUGAGGGAAGGUGAAGUAAAGGGGCAGGGAGAAGACGGCCUGCGACGGGAGUGACGCCCUUACAAGCCGAGGGACGCCUGGCAGUGCCAGCUGACACCAGGAGCAGGGAGAGGCCUGGAACGGUUCUCCCUGGAGACAUCCGGGACACACCUUGAUUUCAGGAUUCCAUGAUAGCUUCCAGAACUGCCAAAGAACGCAUUUCUGUGUUUUCAGCCACCCAGUCUGUGGUAUCUUGUGACUGCCGCCCUAGGAAAGUAAAACAAGGAGUUAAUUCAUGAAGGGUGGGGGAAAUACGUACCCUUUGAAAUACCACCUAGAGGAAGGGGUAAUAGUACACCCGAUCAUGUGCUCCAGUUUAUGAAAUAGUUGCAUGUCACUCGGAAUUUUGAAAAACAAUAUA